AUGCCCCCCCAACCGCCACCGGACAUGACCGACUCCGUCAAUAAUCAUGGCUCAUACGGACAUGUCUCCCAGCCAUCCUGGUCUCAGCAUAACCACAAUGACUCCCAUUCUCACAGCCACGGCCACUCCCACUCCCAUUCGCUUGCGCACCACGGCCAUACCCACAGCGUGUCAUCAAUUCACCACGACGCGCCCCACGUUCAUGAUAUGAACCCACAAGCUACUGCUAUAAAUUCGGAGACUAGCUCCAACCAAUUGCAUGAAGUGCUGGCUGGCGCCCUCAUCGCAUUACCCUGGAUAGCAUUGUCCUGGUAUCCAAGAAAGUACACACAGCCAAACGCAGAUGAUCAAUAUACCUCCGAAACGACACACAAAGCCGCCGUUGGAACCAUCGAUCAGGUGGGACAAAAGUCUUGCGUAUUGACCGCAGUUACGCUUCUCCUCUUCGGAUCCAUUCAAUUGAUCCGUUUGAACAUGUAUGCUGGCGGCUCUAAGGGGCUAUCUUCCGCGAAAUUUCCAACACCGAGCGCCCAGAGUGCCCAAGCUGCUUUCUUACAGAUAUUCUCGGUUGGGCUACCCAUAUACGCAACACUGAAAGUAGGAGGAUUCCUCGUUGCCUUUGCACUUCUUCUUGCGACAGCUACCGGUGUACCUAAGCUAGUCGCUUCGGACCCUCGAGUUGCCGUACAGGAAAGAUACAGCCGGAAGAUUUUCACUAUGUCGCUUUUGGGAACGGCCACCCUGUUGAGCUAUCUAGGCCUGAACAAAUCGUGGGAUGCAUGGCCAUUGACUGGGUAUCUUGCCUUGGUACUCUCAGUUUUCGUCAUCUCCCCUCCUUUCCCUGCUCUUCGUCGUCAAGGCCCCAUUCCAGAACCAGGCCUCGUUGCUGAGUCACUUUCAAAGGACAAAGUCUCGGGUUCCAGCCAAUCUGCUGUCAUUGUUACGACCGAUGCUCCUCUCGCUCUGGUAUCGGGAGGUUUCCUCCUAGUUCUAGCCAUGAUUGCCUCCGGAGGCUUACCUUUCGGAUUGGCGGACUCGAUCUAUGUCCUGGCUCCGGCUGGGCUCCUUGCAAACGCACUGGUGUUUUCGUCCCCCGCCGGUAUCCGAUCAUCUAGCAAGGUUGGCCUCGCCGUGACUACUGGAUCCGCGGCCCUUCUUUCCUCUCCACAUAUCCAUGAUGAUGUUAUAGUGGUCUAUGUUGCGCGCUGUAUUCUAGCUGCCCUUUCAUUCUUUGCUUCCAGGAUGGAUGAUAAGCAUUUGCGCCUGGACGCGCAUUCACACAGCCAUACACACAAUCAUCACAAUCACUCCCACGGCCCUACAGAGGCAGGCGCGGUGACAAAAUGGCUUCUCCAUCGCAGCGAGCCUUAUCCACUGCUCCAUAGCAUACUGAAGGAGAAAGACUCCCGUAGUAUCUUCUACUUUAUGUGUCUCAACUUUACCUUCAUGCUUGUCCAGUUAUCCUACGGAUUUCUAACCGGCUCCCUUGGCCUGCUCAGUGACAGUAUCCAUAUGUUCUUCGACUGCCUUGCCCUAGUUGUCGGACUCUGCGCAGCCGUCAUGAGCAAAUGGCCUCCAAAUGCUCGAUUCCCCUAUGGCUAUGGCAAAGUCGAUACUUUGUCCGGAUUCGCCAAUGGUAUCUUUCUCAUGAUUAUCAGCGUGGAAAUUAUCUACGAGGCAGUGGAACGGUUGUCAUCAGGAAGCGAAAUGCACCGCAUCGGCGAGCUUCUCGCAGUCAGCUUUGCAGGAUUACUUGUGAACCUGGUCGGCAUCUUUAGCUUCGAGCACGGCCACCACCACCAUGGACAUGACCACGGCCACGAUCACUCCCACGGUAACGAAAAUAUGCAUGGUAUCUUCCUUCACAUUCUCGCCGAUACUCUCGGCUCCGUGGCGGUGGUCAUUUCGACCAUUCUGGUACACUACUCUGGCUGGUCCGGGUACGACCCGCUCGCAUCGUGCUUUAUUGCCAUUUUGAUCUUUGCCUCGGCGGUUCCUCUCGUCACUAGUACCGCCAAAAGCUUACUGCUGACUCUGCCCGCGGACACGGAAUAUAAUGUUCGUGAAACCCUGGCCGGGGUGAGUACCCUGCGUGGGGUGGUUAGCUACACAGUACCAAAAUUCUGGCUCGAUGAUACCGGGUCAUCGUCCGGCGGACAUGACCACGGGCAUGAUCAUUCCGGAGGAUGUGAUCAUGGCCACGAUCACGGUCAUCAACACGAUCACGAUCAUGGUCACAGUCAUGGCCACAGCCACAAUCAGAGCCACAGCCACGUCCACGAUCAUAACGAUCAUACCCACGACCACGACCAUGCCCAUGAACAUAAGAAACUGAAGGUAUUCGGCGUGAUCCACGUGAUAGCAUCCCGAGGAUCUGACCUUGAAGAUGUCCGCCAACGAACGGAAAACUACCUCCGCGAACAAAGCAUGGACAUUGUCGUUCAAGUGGAGCGCGAUGGGGAUGGUCGGUGCUGGUGUGGUGGUGGGAGCAAGUCCCCUUAG